AGCUAGCACUAGCUAGCAGUGGAUAAUAACAACGUUGUGUUGACGUGGAAACGUUAUUGUGUUAACUUAGCUAACGUAAACUCACAGUGUUCCGAACACCAAGUUAGCUCACGACGUUCCGAACAUUGCAACUUCAUGACGAAUAAAUAAGAAAUGACGACAAAUCAGCUUUGGUUUUUGUGUGUGCGUUUUAAUAAAAAUGUGAUAUUACAAGGUAAUGAUGCUCCCCUGUGACAGUGUGGUUUGAAAGCUGUUGCUCUAUUAACUGGACAGGCUAUGCCAAAAGUGUUGCUUCAAAAUGGUUCACGCACGUACAGACAUAGUUUUAUAUAGAUAGUAUUAAUGUUCAUUAAUCUGCAUAACUGAUUGUUCGGAACAUCGUUGUCUCUAUAAUUAUUGGUCCAAUUCACAUAAGUCAUACCGUUUUAGUAUCUGGGAUCGCCAGUAAACAACUAUAAUCAAAAAUUACAUUCCUCGGGAGAAAAACCACCAUUGAAAAGAUAACUUCUGGUUGGAAGCGACACCGUGAGUCUACGUUACUGUCAGUCAGCCAGCAGAAUGUCGACUCUCUUUCCAUCCUUAUUCCCUCGGAUGACGGAGUCUCUGUGGUUUAAUUUAGACCGGCCUUGUGUGGACGAGACAGAACUUCAACAGCAGGAGCAGCAACACCACACCUGGUUACAGAGUAUUGCUGAGAAAGACAACAACCUGAUGCCUAUUGGGAAGCCUAUCUUUGAGACAUUUGAAGAGGAAGAGGAGGAGGAUGAUGAAGAUGAGGAAGAUAGUGAAGAGGACUCUGAGGACGAUGAAGACAUGCAGGACAUGGACGAGAUGAACGACUACAACGAAUCGCCUGAUGAUGGAGAGAUAAAUGAGGUGGACAUGGAAGGUGCUGACCAGGACCAGGAUCAGUGGAUGAUCUAGAGAAAAGCCUGUAAUGAGGGUGGACAGUCUGCUGUUGAAGUUAUUGCUGUUGGAAAAAACUUAAACUCUUAAAAUCUGAGUACAUGUCGAUGUGUCCCAGUGAAGCACAUGACCUGUUAGGUUGUGAAAUUUUACUGCAUGUGAGUGGCAUAACUUCUCCCUAAUUUGUGUAAUGAUGGCAGUAAAAUCUUUGUGACACAGGCGGGUACCAGUUGCACUGUUUUCCUGUGAUAACCAGACCGUGGUUCUCCUGUUUGGUCUAGUUUCCUGUAUUUGGUCUAAAUUGCUGUGCCCUUGCUUGUCAAGGACAUCUGCUGGGAACCCAAACACAAUCCUCCUGUUGCAUUAGAGACGCUGGCUGUCUUUGUUCUUAGUCAUGUGAAAGAGGUGUGCAUUCUGACACAUGCAAACAGAAACUCGUCUGACCCCACACACAACCUUUUGUACUGGUCCUCGUUUUUAUGAGUGCACACGUUAUCUGAUAAUGGUAUGUUUUGUUUUUAUGAGGAAAAGAAAAAAAUAAUAAACUAUUAAACCAGAA